AUGGAACACAAGAAGGAGAGGAAGAAGAAGAAGCGCAAGAAGAAGAUUGCUAGUCCGAACCAAGUCUCGGAGAUUCAGCUGACGGCGGCGCCAUUUAUAUUCAGCACGAAGUACAUCCAGACCGCCAGCGGCGCACUCAACCUCGUAGAAACGUGCCUGUCGGUGGUGCUGUUCCACUCGCUGUGCUCUCACUCCGAGGAGAGUCUAUCCGAGGCGCUGUUCAUGGUCUCGUUCGCCUAUUCCAUCGCCGGCCUCUAUCUGCUCCUGCACGGCACCUGCAACCAGCAGCCGCCUACGGGCUCGCCCAGGCAGCCAUCUACGCUGCUGUGCGGCAUGGUGUGA